UUUACUAACAUCAAAAAUUCGCGGAUCCAUCACAAUUUAAUUCCGAUUUUGAUGAUGAUGAAGGUUAAGAUUGUGGUGCGUGUGUCGAUGAGCGACGAGAAAUCCCGCUCCAAAGCCCUAAAAAUCUGCGUGGGGAUAUGGGGAGUGGAAUCGGCGGCGUUGUCGGGGGCGGAGAAGGAUCAGGUGGUGGUGGUGGGAGAGAGCAUCGACGCAGUUGAGCUCACGCGGCAGCUGAGGAAGGGCGUGGCCCACGCGGAGCUCGUGAGCGUCGGUGAGGAUAAGAAAGAAGAUACUAAGCCCGCCGCCGCGGUGGUGACGCCGGUGAAUGCGACGCCUGUUGUCUGGUCGUACCCGCCGCACUACGUCGGGUACAACAGCUACCCGAUUUACGAGAGCUCGUCAAGCGACUCCUGCACGAUUAUGUGAAUUGAGGGAUGGAUGAUUCUGGAUCUCUGGGGAGCAAUUGAGCUCCAAUUUUGAUUUUUAUUUUGGUUUUGGUUUUGG